AUGAUUCGACUACAGUUGAGUGCGGUUUCAUCGUGUGUGUUUACAUGUGGACUUAUUGCCAUUAUGUUUCUACUUUAUGCAGGUUUACCACAACAGUUCACACUGAUUGAGGACCAAGGCUUUCGAGAAGUAGAUAUAAAUAACGAUAACACACAAGACAUGAAAGCUGUUGGCUUCGAACAGCUUGCAGGGGAAAUCAAAGUGGAAAUGUUUGUUGAGAAAAUUGAUGGUUACCGCCUUGGAAUGAUGAAGCUGAUACGUGAUCGCUUUGAAACAAGAAGACGGAUGCUGAAUAAAACCUGCUUUAAAUAUGAGUCAACUGUUUACAAGUAUUUACCAUGCGAACUAAAAAAGACAAAGUUUGACUUAAAGUAUGCAGAAGAUGGCGGCCUUAUAUAUUGUGCGAUUGCCAAGACCGGAAGUACAUUUUGGAAGAGAGUUAUGCACGUGAUAGGUGGGUGGGGAAAUACGACAAACCCGAUAGAGAUCAGAUCGGAGGAUGCUGACAAAGUUGGUGGUUUCUCAACAAUGGAAGAUAAGAACUUUACUGAGAUCAGAGACCUUUUCGAGUUUUCUAAAACAGUGAUGUUUGUAAGGGAUCCCUUUACACGGCUUUUCUCAGCUUGGUUAGACAAGUUUUAUUCACCGAACCCUUAUUAUUGGAAAUAUGGUGGUACAAAUAUUGUAACCAGACAGAGGUUUUACGCCAAAAAUACAACAAAAGAGAAAUUUGAAGAUUCAAUUGAAAGGGAAACAAACGGUGCAGUUCAUCUUUUUAAAAGAUCACUAAGCAAUGAUAAAGAAACUGAAAAUGUCAACACUACGACACAAAGAACUCCUGUUAAUUGUGGAUAUGAUGUUUCCUUUGAGGAGUUUAUAUCGUACGUUGUUGGGUUCAAGCAAAAUAGCACCUGUUUAGAUGAACAUUUCUCGCCUAAUUACAAACAUUGCUUGCCGUGUACCUUCGAUUACGAGUAUAUUGGAAAAUAUGAAACAUUCAAAGAAGAGACAAUUUUUCUGUUAAACGAACUGAAUUUAACAGAAAAAGUAAAAAUUCCGGACUUUGAAAAAGACGCGAAUUUGGAUGCUAUAACAGGACUGACCGAAUGGGUGUUCAUGCAGGAAAAAGAGAUAGAAGAGUGCGGUGUAACCUUUAGAUGUGCUUUGUUCAGAACGUUUAAACGACUCCAAGGCCGCGGAAUUAUUAGUAAAGCAGUGUCAUUUCCCUAUGACAACAACACGGACAUGUACAAUAUCACUGAAGAUAUAUUUAGAAACGAUAUGUUGCGGUUGAGUAGACUUGGAACAAAGGCAGAGAAAAGAAAGAACAGACAAGAAUCCAUAUUGAAGGCAUUUAAAAGUCUCCCCGAACAACUGAUGGAAAAAUUAAAGGAUUCCUUGACAAUAGACUUCGAAAUGUUUGACUACAGUGACUCACCAGAAUAUUUAGAAGGGGAGGUAACAAGUUUUGAUUAUUUCGAAGAUUGUAUUGAGGGAUGA